UAUUUAAUGCACAGUUUUUGUAUUUUAUUUUCCAGUAUUGUAGUUUAGCCUAAAAAGGCAAAGAAUAACAGGUGUGUGAAAAUAUAAAGUACGCGUGUUUCACUUUUCAAAAUCUUUGAACAAUGAGGAACGUCAUAUUAUAUCUGACAUUGUGCUCUUGUUUGUGGGUUUUUUCAACACAAGGUGUAAAAUGGUUUGGACCCAGUUCCCAAUACAUGUGUCACUGUGAGGAUGACCAGUGUGACGACAGUGGUCAAUGUGUCAACGGAUCCAAGUGUGCUCGUGGAUGGUUUGGUAUCAAGUGUCAGUAUGUUGACUUGGCCUCAGGUUUAUCUGACGUACUCACAGACGGCGAUGACAGCACGUGCACGUCGGACACGGAUAUUGCCAUUGUGGACUUGCGGGAAGAGUUCCCGUUUACCUGGCUCAGACUGACCGUCAUUGACCCAGACGCAUUGAGAAAUCUGAGAGUUUCUUUUCUUGACUUUCAAAAUCCCGGGGCACUAUCUGUGAUACAGUGUAGCGGUAUGAAACUAUCCUACAUCAACAGUAAAACACUUGACAUUCGCUGUGACCUGUCUGUCUUGGUACAACAGGUUGUUGUGUCAGGUGACGGUGUCAGGUCACUCUGUUCUCUUUACGUCAGUGGAGGUCGGAACGUAGCUCUUCGUCAAUCUACUAGUCAGUCAAGCACGUAUAAGGGGAACUGGCAUUCGAAUAAUUCCGUUGACGGUAUACCCAGAACGAUUUGUUCCCACACACGCGAUUCUUCCGAUUCAUCUCAGUACUGGAGUGUAACUGUUUCUCCGCCUCAAGCUGUCAACAGAUACAUGAUCUACAACAGAAAUGACACUAAAUACAAAGGGAUUUGUUGCCCAGAAAGGCUACAGAAAUUUAAGCUCCAGUCUUACUCGUCCAGUGGAGUGACUCUGUUUACAUACAAAGAACCGGGAACUGUUGAAACUAUUUACAACAUCAGCACCGCUACACUGCAAGAAAAUGUCGCUAAAGUACAGAUUAGUGAGUCAGUCGGACCAUAUCUGACACUGUGUGAGGUUGAAAUAUACGGAGAAUGUCCUGUUGGGACAUGGGGCCUAACAUGUGAGAACAACUGUAGCAGAAACUGCUACGAGACAUCUUGUCACAGAGAAACUGGUGAAUGUGACAACGGCUGUCAGGGAUUCGAGGAUCCACCGGAGUGUACAAAUGUUUGUUUGAAAGGGUUCUAUGGCCACAACUGUAAAAAGACCUGCUCACCUUUCUGUCUAGACCACGACUGUGAUCCCGUCACGGGUGACUGCACGACUUGCAAACCUGGCGACCCAAAUCAUGCAAGGCCUGGGCUUUGUCAAAAAAUGCCUUAACCACUGCGCCGAACAACUGUGCCACCCUGAGAAUGGACAAUGCAAGGAGAGUUGGACAAGUGAACAACGCCAAAAUCAGAACAUGGAAUAAUGUUGAUCAAAUGUAAUCGUUGGCUAACUAGUGCACGCAUGAUUAUAAUACAAUAAAACAGUGCUGAUGUG